AUGAACGUUGGUGACCAUUUUCAUCACUGGGGAUUGCUGCUCGACGACUUCAAUGACCCCCUAGGAGGGGAUAAUUUCCUUCAAAUAAAAGGAGACCUUGGCCAGCAAUAUUAUAACCCGGAGAAGAUCGACUACGACGGCUUAGGCUUAUUUGACCUGAAGGAUGAGGUUUAUAUGUGCGAGGUGAGUGUUAAUCACCUUCGCCUCGUCCGACGUGCCGCUGAGAAAUCCCCUAUCCACCAUGAUACUCCGAAUUGGAACUCCCAGGACCACGUAAUUCAUGUGCUCGACACUCUGGAGGAAAUGGGAGUUCUGGACACUGAUGACAGCUAUUAUCGUCGGCAGAAGCGUGUGCUCAUGAGAAAGAAGGAAGAAAUUGAUUGGAGAGCUUGGUAG